CUUUUAUUAGGAUAGGGUGAUCCCUAAUGAAAUAUUUUCCUCUAAAAAGAGAAGAAAGCUUAGCGGCAUGGGGAUAGCCAGUUCCACCAGCCUAAAGGAGCUAGGACGUAACGAGCUGCUGGAGAAAUUCGUAGGAGAAUCACCAAUUGCAGACAGUGAAGAAUACUGGGACAAACUACUGACCUUUUCGUUCAAACCUCCUACUCUACCUGGUGACAAUAAAGUUCUUUAUGAAGCUACUGCUCCUAUUAUUGAGAAACUAGUGGCUCAUAAUCCAAAGUCAGGUAAUGUUCUUUCUCUCGUUAAAGUUUGCAUGAGGAAGGCAUCAAAAUUAAGAGACGAGUCAAAAUGUGAAAGCAAUAUGGCUACUCUUCAAUUGCGUAAUUCUCUGUUCAUCUUACGCUGUAUAUCACACCAUGUGUUGCAGUCACAUUCUGAGGAGGCCCUUCUUAAUAUGUUUGAUCCUCCUCCUCCUCAGUCCUCAAGAGGUUCUAAUUCAACUGAGGCUGAUGAUAAAGAGGGUGUGGCUAUUAGGAGUGGUCUGAAGAUAUUGCUUCACGGGACUGUUAUGUUAAUAGGUGGAGUACCACUAGUUCCAUUUACGUAUGAUGUAUUGACUGAGGCAGCUAAUCUAUCAAUUGUACUAAUGUCAGGACAAUUAUUCAAUAAAGACGAUCUCUUCAGUACUAGCGUCAUCAUUAAUGAACUGAUGGACAUACCACUAGAUGUUUCUUCAUCGCUAGUCCAGUCACUAGUGAGUUUCUUCAUCAGUCAACCAAUACCUCCUCCUGAUACACUGAGGGUACAACCAUCAGGAGUGUUCUCUUCUUUUGCUUCUGGACUCCUCUCUCUUGUCCUACCCCAGCAUGAUAUCCUAGAGAACACUUCACCUCUUGCCCUCUCUUCUCUUCUCUUCCUCCUGAUCCUCGUCCAUCAGCACUCUCGUGGUCACAAUCCUUACAGAGAAGCUCUUUCUUUGAUCUGUGAUGAAAAUGAAAGUAAAGACAAGGCCUCCUUUCAACUCAAUUUCAAUCAGUUACAUGAAGCAAUCUGCAAGCAACUAAACACAGAGCAGACCACUCUCUUCUUCUACCAGCUGCUACAUAAUAAUUUAAAUUUUGCUAGUUUUGUAUUUUCCAGAUCAGACAUCAACACACUACUGUUACCAUUAUUGAAGGAGCUAAGCAGUGAAGGGAAGAAGCCCUCACACCACAGCUACAUGUUACUCAUCAUAUUACUGAUACUCAGUCAAGAUGAGUGCUUCAAUAAAUCAGUACAUGAAAUUACUGUAAAGAACAUCACAUGGGCCAGUGAGAAGAGCAUCCCUCAGACCACAUUAGGUAGCUUAAUGAUCAUAGUACUAGUGAGGACUGUCCAUAGGAAUAUACAGCACCUGAGGGAUAAGUUUCUCCACACUAAUUGUUUGGCUACACUGGCUAACAUGUCGUCUCAUUUUCAUUCACUGUCUCUUGAAGCAGCUGAAAAGAUAGUAAAUUUAUUUCGUGUACUGAGUAGGAAGUAUCUUAAAUCCAAAGGAGAGCCAAUACCAGCAAUAACUGGAGCCCAACCCACCAGCCCAACCACACCUACUUCACCUACCACGCCCACAGAACUGGCUGACACUGAGACACUGCAGGAGAUAUUGUUGAUGUUAUUAGAAAUCAUAAAUUCGAGUUUAACGUACACACUACAUGUUAAUCCACACUUUGUGUAUUCACUGCUUUAUCAACGAGAGAUUUUCACACCUUAUCAUGGCCGACCGGGCUUUAUAGACCUAGUUAAUAAUAUUGAAAUGGUUAUUACAUUUUUUGCGAAUAAUGUCGAGAAGGAUGGCACUCCUCCAUUUUCUGCUCAAUUCGUGACUGAUAUCAUUAAAAAAUAUUCAAAAACAUGGCCAAGAAGCAGAUUAAGAAAAUUUUCUGAGUUAAAGUUCCGUUAUGUUGAAGAGUCCCAACCUGAUGAGUUCUUUGUUCCUUAUGUUUGGUCUUUAGUUCAAAAACACUCUCACAUACACUUUGAAAUUAAUAGAAAAUCAUCACCAACUUGAUACCCUCUUGCCCACAGAUCUUUGUGUUUCUUUAUCUCCUUUCUCUGUUGCACACACUAACUCUAUUCUCCCUCUCUCUCUCUCUCUCUCUCUCUCUCUCUCUCUCUCUCUCUCUCUCCUUCCUCUUAUAAUUCUUCCUAAUAGUUGAAUAAUGUCACUACUUUUGCUAUUGGUAUGUGUGAUUAAUUAAUUAUAUCAAAA